AUGAACAGCUUUCAGGCGAUCCUGGCCCAGGUGCGGAUGCUGCUGUCCAGCCUGCAGCCCAGGCAGGUGGAGGCCCUCUUGGAUGGCCUGCUGGAAGAAGAGCUGCUGUCCAGGGAAUACCAUGGUGCCCUGCUCCAGGAGCCCGACGGCGAGGCUCUGGCCAGGAAGAUCUCCCUGACUCUGCUGCAGAAAGGGGACUUGGACUCGGCUUUCUUGGGCUGGGCCUGCAGCAGGCUGAAGGGCCCCGAGGUGGAGAGGGGCACUGGAAGUGGUCAGCGUGCAGCCAUGGACCUGGCGCCUCUGGAAGGCAGCUACCUGGAGCUCCUGCACAGCAAUGUGGACCCUUUACACCUCUACCAAAUCUACGACCAGAUGGACCUGACUGGGGAGGAAGAAAUUGAGCUCUGCUCAGAGCCGGACACAGACACUAUCAACUGUGACCAGUUCAGUAGGCUGUUGUGUGAGAUGGAAGGGGACGAAGAGACUCGGGAGGCUUAUGCCAAUAUUGCGGAACUGGAUCAGUAUGUGUUUCAGGACGCCCAGCUGGAGGGUCUGAGCAAAGACCUGUUCAUAGAGCACAUAGGGGCAGAGGAAGGCUUCGGGGAGAGUGCGGAGAGCCUAGCAGAAGCAGAGCAGAGAGCUCAGAAAAGAUGCUUCUCAGAGGAAUAUCCUGCAGAUUCGAAGCAAAGGAAGCUAGCUGAGUCUGCCGACUUACCCAGAUUUACCGGCAACUUCCUGGUGGGGCUACCCAGCCACCCCAUCCUGCCCUGCCCACCACCUGCUCUGUCCAACCAGGAGCCAACACGGGACCAGAUCCGCGUAGAAGAAGGUACCCACGUGCCUGCACACCCCUCCAGGCCUUCACCAAGUGGCUCGGCUCUCCCCAGCGGGUGCCUCCGGCUCCUCUCCACUCUGCCCCAGGGACUCUGGCAAAUCUCAGGGGCUGGCACAGAGCUCUCCAGUGUCCUCAUCUAUCACGGUGAGCUGCCCCAGGCUGCCCCCGGACUCCCUUCAAGCGGCCCCGCUGUCCACAGCCUCCCAAAGUCUCCAGACAGACCUGGCUCCACCAGCCCCUUUGCUCCAUCUGCAGCCGACUUGCCCAGCAUGCCCGAGCCAGCCCUCACCUCCCGUGUCAAUACAGCAGAGUAUACAACCUCCUCCUCACCUUGCCAGGUGUCUCCAGAGGUCUCCAUCAAGCUUCCAAAAUGGCCUGAGACCGUGGAGAAGUUCCGGCGCUCGCUGCAGGACAGCUACCAAGCGGAGCCUGCAGGCCCGGGGGGUCCCCUGGUGGAGAUGGAGCUGGUGAGAGCCCGGCUGGAGAAGGGCAGCAACAAAAGCCAGGAGAGGGAGCUGGCCACCCCCGACUGGGGCGAGCGGCAGCCGGUCCGCGGGGGCCUGGCGGAGGUGCUGCGGGCUGCCCGGGACCGCCGCCGGCCACGAGAGACACAAGUGAUUGCUGUGCUGGGCAAGGCCGGCCUGGGGAAGAGCCGCUGGGCCCGGGAAGUGAGCCGGGCCUGGGCCUGCGGCCGGCUGCCCCAGUACGACUUUGUCUUCUACGUCCCCUGCCACUGUCUGGACCGCCUCGGGGAGACGUGCCGCCUGCGGGACCUGCUCUGCCCGGCGGGCCUCCGGCCACUGGCCGCGGACGACGAGGUCUUCAGCUACGUUGUGAGACGGCCUGACCGUGUGCUGCUCAUUCUAGAUGCUUUUGAGGAGCUCGAGGCCCAAGAUGGCCUCCUGUACAGCCCGUGUGGAUCCCUGUCCCUGGAGCCUUGCUCUCUCCAAGGGCUGCUGGCUGGCCUCUUCCAGCAGAAACUGCUGCGAGGCUGCACCCUGCUUCUCACAGCCCGGCCCCGAGGGCGCCUGGCCCAGAGCCUGAGCAAGGCCGACGCCAUCUUUGAGGUGACUGGCUUCUCAGAGAAGCAGGCCCAGACUUACGUGAGGCGUUACUUUGAGGGGGUGGCGGUGGGCCGAGAUGAGGCCUUGGCACUCGUUGAGAACCAGCCUUUUCUCAUGAGCCACUGGCACAGCCCUGCUUUGUGCUGGGCCACGUGCCAGCUCACCCAGGCUCUGGUCGAGCAGGGUGCGGACACCCAGCUUCCCUGCACGCUCACGGGACUCUAUGUUGGCCUAUUAGGCCCUGCAGCCAGGGACAGUCCCCCGGGGGCCCUGGCUGGGCUGGCCAGGCUGGCCUGGGAGCAGGGCCGGAAACACCAGAGUAUUUUACAGGAGGACCAGUUUCCAUCGACAGAGGCAAGGGCCUGGGCUGUGAGCCAAGGCUUGGUGCAGCCCGUCCCAGGGGCCACGGGGGCCCAGAUGGCCUUCUCUAGCUUCCCCCUCCAGUGUUUUCUGGGUGCUUUAUGGCUGGCACAGUGCAGCGAUGUCAGAGACAAGGAGAUACCGCAGUAUCUGGCCUUGACCCCGAGGAAGAAGAGGCCCUAUGACAACUGGCUGGAGGGUAUGCCACGCUUUCUGGCUGGGCUGGUUUUCCAGCCUUGCGCCCACUGCCUGGGAGCCUUGGUGGGGCCGGCGCCCGCCACGGUGGCAGGCAGGAAGCAGAAGGUGCUCACCAGGUACCUGCAGCGCCUGCAGCCGGGGACGCUGCGGGCCGGGAAGCUGCUGGAGUUGUUACAUUGCGCCCACGAGACACAGGAGCUCGGGAUUUGGCAGCAUGUGACGUGCCAGCUGCCUGUGUGCCUCUCUUUUGUGGGCACCCGGCUCACGCCUCCUGAUGUGCACAUCCUGGCCAGGGCCCUGGAGGCAGCCGGCCAACAUUUCUCCCUGGACCUUCGCAAAACUGCCAUCGAGCCCUCUGGGCUGGGGAGCCUCGUGGGACUCAGCUGUGUCACCUAUUUCAGGGCUGCCUUGAGUGACACGCGGGUGCUAUGGGAGUCCCUGAAACGGUGUGGGGAGACCCAGCUGCUCCAGGCGGCAGAGGACAAAUUCACCAUCGAGCCAUUCAAAGCCAAGUCGUUGAAGGACGUGGAAGACCUAGGCAACCUUGUGCAGACCCAGAGGCUGAGCAGUUCCGCAGAGGACAGAGCUGGGGCCCUUCCUGCCGUCCGAGACCUGAAGAAGCUGGAGUUUGCGUUGGGCCCCAUCUUGGGCCCCCAGGCGUUCCCCAAACUGGCCAGCUUCCUCCCUGCUUUUUCCUCCCUGCAGCAUCUGGACCUGGACUCACUGAGCGAGAACAAGAUUGGCGAUGAGGGGGUGUCACAGCUCUCUGCUAUCUUCCCACAGCUGAAGGUUCUGGAGACACUCAACCUCUCCCAGAACAGCAUCACGGAUGUGGGCGCCUGCAAGCUUGCUGAGGCCCUGCCCUCCCUCGCCACCUCCCUCCUCAGGCUCAGCUUGUAUAAUAACUGUAUCUGUGACGUGGGAGCCGGGAGCCUGGCCCGUGUACUUCCAGACAUGGUGUCCCUGCGGGUGAUGGAUGUCCAGUUCAAUAAGUUCACGGCCACCGGUGCCCAGCAGCUGGCUGCCAGCCUGCAGAAGUGUCCUCAUGUGGAGACGCUCGCGAUGUGGACACCCACCAUCCCCUUUGGUGUCCAGGAACACCUGCAGCAGCUAGAUGCCCGGAUCAGCUUGAGAUAACCCCACUGUGCCCUGGACAAGUACGGACUCUGAGAACACCGAUGAUGCCAGAUUUGAACUGGGUGGCGUGGACUCAGCUCUUCUCCAGCUGUAUCACAUGAGCCUCCGCGUCUUGAUACCACCCUCUGCU